UAGUAGCACUAGAGAUAAGCUUUAGUCACGUUGGAUGGAACUAUGGGGUGCAACGUGAUGCCCCUCAAGAAAUACGCGGAAAUUAGCUACCGCGUGAAAUGCGUGGCCGUGGAGAACGAGCGGGUGUUCGGCGACGUGUACGUCACCCAACAAACGCGAAACUUGCUGUACUGCGCGGAUGGAUAUCAAUUUCCCUCGUUGUACGAGAGGAGGAGAUGCAAUCUGAUUCAGAAAGAGUGGAAAGGGCCCGAUUUCAUGGAGUUGAAUCGGAAGAAACCGAUCAGAAGGGGCAGCUUCGUGCCGGUCGAAGCGGAGAGGAAACGUUUGAAGAGAUCUAAAUCGAUGGGCGACACCAGAAACGUAGAUAACGAUUGGACGACGGCAAGUGACGGCAUAAAAUGUGACGUCAACAUUUGCAAGCCGAAGUCGUAUCCACCACCGUUACCCAAUCCACCGGUGAGGAAAGAAGGGACCGUUUCUUCGUUGGUCGAUCAAUUGUUGUUGGAUAUCUACGGGUUGCCAGACGGUGAUAGAAGACGAUCGGAAAGCGACUCGACAGCCUCAUCUCUGAGGAUAAUACACCCGCAGCAUCAGCACCUGCAAAAGGCGCGUCUGCUGUGGAAAAACAAUCACGAGCUUCAAGUUUUGGUGAUGAAUUUACGGGAUCAUAUUAAUAACACGGGCGAGAUACUUGUUCGACAGUUGCGUCGAAAGGAUUAUCUCAUCACCAAAUGUGAAAAAUUGUGCGCCAUAAUCACGGCUCAUCUUCAGGCUCGCAGUUCGAAACGAGUCGAAGACACGAAGAUGAGAUUCAGCCUGACUCCGCAACCGGGUGAAAGUGGUUUCAUACAAUGGCUGGACGCGAUGAAAAUGGUCGCCAGGCUACCAGGAGGGAUUCCGCCGGAAUUUCGAAAGAAGUUAUGGCUGACGCUGGCGGAACGUCAUCUGGAGCAACGCGGCGUGGAUUGGAAGCAGGCUGAAAAGAUCUGCUUCAACGAGUGGAGCAAUCCUGACGAUGAAGAGCUCGGUAUACAAAUCGUUAAAGAUCUGCACAGGACCGGGUGCAGUCUGUUUUGCGGCGCGGCCGGGAGAGACAAUCAGGCGGUGCUUCGUCGGGUUUUGCUCGGUUUCGCCCGAUGGAACAAGUCCGUGGGCUAUUGCCAGGGACUGAACGUGUUGGCCGCCCUCGUUCUGCAAGUAAUGGAUCGGGCCGAGUCCGCGGCCGUGAAAGUGAUGAUCUACUUGAUAGAGGGUGUCCUGCCCGAGGGUUAUUUCGCGGACAAUCUUCGCGGCCUCUCGGUCGACAUGGCCGUGUUUCGAGAUCUGCUGCGGGCCAGGCUGCCCAAGCUCUCCAAACACCUGGAGGCGCUUCAGAACGACGCGAAGGACAAGGCGACAGGCAGCAGUUACGAACCACCUUUGACCAAUGUGUUCACGAUGCAAUGGUUCCUCACACUCUUCUGCCAUUGCCUGCCCCAAGAGGCGGUCCUACGCGUCUGGGAUCUGAUAUUUCUCGAGGGGGACGAGAUAUUGCUGAGAACCGCGCUCGCCAUAUGGGAAGGACUCUCCGAUCGUAUCAUGACGGUGACAUCGGCCGACGAGUUUUACAGCAUAAUGGGAGUGUUGACGAGAGAGAUGCUCGAGUUCACGGAUACCAAUAAUCUGAUUAAGAACAUCGUCAGUAUGGGGGCUCUGCACGGUGUGACAGGAUUGAGGGAGAAGCACAGAUAUAAUAUCACACCUUGGGCGAGGAAGCUGAGCGACGACGACGACAGCGAUACCGAGGAGGACGAAAGGUUGGCCGUGGCCGCUGCCAUGUUCAGCAUGGCGCAACGGUUGAAGAAAGAUCGUAUACCACAAACGCUCGGAGCGCUGCAGGCCAUGGCACCCAGCAGCGAUCGUGAACGACUCGCUUUGGAUAUUAGCACGUUGAAACAGCAGUACGCCAAGUUGCGGGAACGGCAACGGCAGGCCCAUAUCAUACUUUCGGCUGCAUGUGCAAGGCAGACCAUGGUACCACCUCCUACUUCUCAGGCCAUGAAUCAUCUUUUAGUGGGCAAAAGUGCGCUCGUGAGUGGGAAGAAUCGUCCCUUGACUUUAUCUUCCGCCGCUGUGUCGACGAAGACGAGACCUACGACUUUAAAUCAAAACCGAAGGGAUAAACAGGGUGUCACGCUCCACUGGAAAGACACGAAAAAACCAAAGACGCAGAAACCUUGCAACGCAGUAUCAGAAGCACCGGUCGAAAGCAAAGUCGUCACGCCACAAUCCACGGAAACCGAUCUAUCUCCGAAGCACAGCAACGUUGACAGCGACAGCGACAGCACGUCAACGGAAUUGUGCGACGAGCCAGAUCGUCUGAGCGACGUUGACAGCGAGGAUCUGACGUCAGCAUCCGAAUCCUAUGCCAACUAUGGAACGGACGAGGAGAAGAGCAGCUCUCGAGUGGAUGGUUCGCCAGUCAAGAUUCCUCAGAGCAACACCCUCGAUCCUCGCCCGUUCCUCGAGGAGAGUACCGAGCCAAUUAAUUUCGUCGACGAGAGUUCGAAAGAAGAUUCGAAAAUUUGCGAGGAUAGCCUGGCCGACAUGUCGAUCGCCAAGAUCACCGAUCAAAUAAGACGACUAUCGGCAGAGGAUGACAAUAAUUCCAUGGUUCCUCAAAAGUUUAACAACGCGCAAAGAAGCAAAGAAUCGUCACCGAUCGACGAUCAAUCGAUACAGUUGAACCCGGAGAAAUCGACACCUGACCCAUCUACGGACAUCCACGUUUCCGACAUCGACACAGCGAGAAAAUCGUCGAUUUUCAACGAUUACGAUUACUCGAAUUUCGCCAUCACUUCGAAACAGAACGACAUAACGCAUAACAAAUCUAAACGGACAAUGGACGAGACGAUUGUCGAUACGACAUCUCGAAACGAAAUCGCGAUAAUCGAGAAAGAAUCGCGAGUCGAGGAAAAAAUCGAACCGAAAACGACGACUCGACCGAUUAAACAGGAUUGUUCGAGCGUGUAUUCCGAUUAUUCCGCCAAGUCAACGUUGGACAAGUUGAGUAAUUCGUACGAUAAAAUUCCGGACAAAUCAAUCCUCGAUCUUGGAACGAUCGAGAACGAGAUUAAAUCGGAUCGUUCUCAUAAAACAUCCCAACUCGAUUUCUCGAGCAGAAUGUCUUUGGAGUUGGAACCGUAUAAAAUCAGUUCGAUCGACGACACAUCGCCGGAGACAUCGACGAACAAAACCGAGAAAACAACACCUCUCUACGGCAAGACUUACGUCGGUCAUCUCCCCAUAUCCCCAAUCACGGUCGAUCGAAAGUUGAACAGAACAACACCACAGAUCAAACACGAAAUUCGCGGCAUCGUUGGAUCGAUCCCCGACCAAUCGUCCAACAACAGGUUGGAAACGGCUUACAGCGAGAGAAGCAUGCAACACGCAGCCGCUCUCAUUUCGGAAACGUCGCACGACGCGAUGCAGCAAUCCAGCCAGACAAGAAUAUACGCGGAUCUGGCCAAGACAAGUCCCAAGACACCCGAGAGCAACAAAUCCUUCAGCUCGGGCGAAACGAUGGGACCCGACUCGAAACCGUCGAGUUUGACCGUGAGUCCGGUCAGAUCGGAUUCACGAGACUUCUCCAUGGAGAAAUCGGUGUGCUCGUCGGUGAGCUCGGACUCGAAAACGUUGGUGCUUCGCUCGAUCGACUCGGACGGGACGAGGGGGGACAGCAAGACGGACGGGAAGAGGACGUACGAGGUGUCCAGCUCGACGACACCUGCCAGCAUCGACUCGUCCAAGAACAAGUCCGUGGAGGCGAGCCCGAAACUGGUGGUGAGCAGUUCAAGCGAGUCGUGCAGCCCAGCGAGUAAAUUGAAGUCUUCCGAGAGGUCGUUCAGUUCGGACCUGCAAUCGCCAAUAAGUGCCAACUCGAUAAAGUACACCUCGAAUUUCUCUCGACGGGGCCAAGACGACGUGUCGGCCUCGCCCAUGGAUCUCACCAGCUGCGCCACCUCGCCCUUCUACCCGAUCUCAAACCCGAAUCAACAAAAGACACCGACCUCGCCUUACAGCGCGUCCACCAGGCGAAGAUCCAGCUUGGACAGCGGAGAAACCUCGCCCGAGCAGAGAUCGACCAGUUGCUCGAGGGAGUCGAGCAAGUUCCUAGCCUCCUAUCAGUCCAAGUUCGACUCGUCCGUCAACUUCAACAAAUUGUCGUCAACAACAACGGCGGACAAAGACACGGAUAAUACGUCGCCGCGAAAGGGCGAGAGCUGCUACUCCGUCGGAUCGGAGUACGCCACGAGGAGGGAAGACUCGGGCGUGAGCUCGACGGACAGAAGGAAGGACAGCGUGAUUGGAGACGUCAAGUAUUAUCAAACGACGACGACGACGAGCACCAUCGAUUAUUGUAGAAACGAGAGGGACACGUACGACGACGGAGGGGACGAUCUAUCUCUGUCGGAGAAGGACGUGGUGCCCUCUUUGCCCCAGGAGAAAUUGGACAAGCGUUACUUGAACUAUCGUUACAGGGACCGAUCGAAAUUGUUGGAAAGAAGUUCGAGCAGUUUGGACAGCAGGAGGUACGCCGACAUGAGGUCGUCGGCAUCCGCGGACGACGAGUUCACGGCUACGAUCGCGAAGAAGAGGUCGAGCGACAUUUUGGAAGAUAUCAAGCAUCUGGAGGCGAAGGCGAACGAUGGGAUGUCGGAGAGCGGUAUGAUGACCAAGAAGAGCAGUUACAUCUGGGAGGAUAUGAAGAGUCUGGAAGCGAGAAGGCAGGACACCUUCAGCAAUUCGGCGAGGAACUUUUCCAAGCAUCGUCUCGAGAUACCGGAUAUCAACGUGACGGGCGAGGGAGGUAGAAAGUCGUACGUGGUGCAUCCGAGGAUCAACAUAGACGAGAACAGCGACAGCAUAUUGAAAAGCGUGACCCGCGGCGGCAAGGGCGACGAAACGGACGACGGCAGGGAGUCCAAGUUGGGCGUGUGGACCAAGGUGAAGCCUCGGAAGAGGAGCGAGAACGGGCGAAGGAACAGCGACAGGGCGUUGAAGAUCAUCCAAGAGAACUCGGCCAUACUUCAGAAGAUCCUCGCUUGCCAGGCGAAACGUUUACCGGAUCUCGAAGAGAUAUCCAAAGAGAUCACCAUCAGCCCCAUAAACGAGGAAAUCUCGAAGAUCUUCAGCCCGAUACUGGAGAAGAUGGGGUUGAACGAGCACGAGAUCAACGAGGAAUUGGCGCGAAUCAAUUUCAAGGACUUGGACAGCAUGACAGCUACGAGCGUGUCCGAGUUCGACGCCAAGAUCAACGAGGAGUUGUCCAAACUUUCCCUGAUCGACGAAACGGAACAGAUGGAUCAUUUCGACGUGGACGAGGCGAUAUCCCACGAAUACCUCGACACCAGGGAGGCUUUGAUCGAUCGCAAGAUAAACGAGGAGCUGUCGAAAUUGUUGGCCAACUACGACGACCGUUCACCGGCGAGUAUCGCGACCCUGGACAAAGGGCCGUCCAGUCAAAACAUCAGCGAGAUCGAGGGACUGGAUCUUUCCAGCAUCUCCACCAACGUCUUCUCCUAUAAAUCGUCCAACGAUUCGAUCGACGCGAGGAGCGACCUGCCCUCCACCCAGGAACCGUCGAUACCGGUCGACAAGUAUUCCAAAUACACGGACAACGUAUUACCGUAUACGGUAUCGAAAUACCAGGUGGACGACUCGUCGCCUAAGAGCGACAUAGACAUUUACAGAGAAUUGGAAAAGCUCGAUAAAAUCUCCUCCGCGCAAGUGUUACCGGACCCGAGCCUGGAGGACCUUCUUCCUCCCCAAAAGGAAUUGUCCUCGAUACCGUACGCCCCGAACAAAUCUCCUUUCACGGACGUCGCGUCGUUGAGGUACACCUCUAAACCGGUUCAAUACGACGCCUCACCCCUCAACACAACCUCCUCCUACGACCCUUACAAGACGUUCGACUAUAAGCCCAAAUUGUCGCCCAACAAACAACAACACGUCUCCGCUAAUCCAUUCGUGACGACGAACACGUCGUACGAGAAGACCGUGGUCGAAACACCGUUCGAGUACAUCAACCAUAAGCCGGAGAUGAUGUCGAUCAACGCGUACGAUCUGCACCUCAACAGCCCGAUCACGAUGACCAAAGAGUCGUUGGAAUUUCGCGUGAGAUACGACGACGAGCCAAGCAGAGAAGUUGGCUCCGAUUACGCGUCGUCCGAGCUUCGAUCCGUCUCCACUCCAAACAAAUCCCCUUACUUCAGCAACGGAAACACCGAACCGUUGACGCCCACCGCCAACUACGUCCCGAAAGAGGAGAGAUGCCUGGACGGUGCCUCGUCGUUCCUGCGCGACUACGAAUCUUCCGACAUUCUUCGUCGCAAGUACGAGUCGUUGUCGCCCAAGGAAUAUUCUCACGUCAAGAGCACCGACUACGACCGACACUUGACCACGUUGCCCUCUCUGGACACGGGGGCCGACUCGGAAUCGUAUUUACCGACCAGACAGCACACCAGGGAUUAUCAUCUGUCUCCCAAUCGUCAAUUUCCCGACAAACAUUUCUCCUCCAUCGUCAAUCACUACGCCACCUCGAAAUUGUCGCCUACGAGUUUGUCCGACGAGUCGAAACGGCCCGUCUCCCAUCCCGAAUUCCCCGGCAAGAUGAACGUUGGAAAAUAUCCGCAACUGCCCGACCGAGGUUCCACCGGUUACAAGAAAUCGUCUCUGAGCCUGGGAAACAUAGGGCACUCGAGCAAAGAUGAGAACAAUUACAACACGGUGACCAGCCCGAAGACGCAGUUCAGCCCUUUCCCCGUCAGAAACGCAGCCAGAAAGCCCAAAGAGCUCACGCUCAAGUUGGGCCUCUACUCGCCCAAGAGCUCCGAUCUGGGACAAUUGAAGAGGUCGUAGUGCACGAGGAUAACAAUCGUAUGCUCGUUCAUCUAUCUCGCGCACGAUCGAUCAAUGAUCGUUUCUUCCCCUUGUUCCCAAUGUUCUCGAGGACCGUGGUCGACCGACCAAACUGCUCUCGAAACGGGCCUAAACGAUCGUUUCUCGUUUUGCGGUGCCUCAUGUUGCCAACGGCCGAAAUUAUACGUUAUAACACGUUUACCAACCGUUUAAUGCACGUACCAUAUCGAUCGUAUUGCAAAUUGCGGGCGUUCGCCUUCGUCCGACAUACACACACACACACACACACGCAAACACACACUCUCACGCGCGUUCGAAAUUGACGAACAUCGAUGAAGAACGUUUUAAAUUGCCUAAGCGCCUCUAAGGGACGAUGCGUCAUCAGAAAAACGAGGCAAGGUAUUGUGAUUGUGAUUACACGCAAGAAUAUCGUUGAACACGACCUAUCCACCAUCUAUCAAUCGCGUAUUCACUCCUCCCCCUUUAACGUUAUAUAAUCGUAUAAAUCGUUUUUCCUCCCGGAUGUUUAUAGUUUACGAACGUUGAUCAAUUACGAGUUUUUUUUUUUACGAGUUCCGCUUGAUACAGCUUGACACAACACUCACACACACAUAUACGGGAAAUCUCUCCGACGUAGAAAACAAAUAGCGAUAAAGAGAGAAAGAAUGAGAGAGAGAGAGAGAGAGAAUGCGUGAGAGACAAGAAUGGAAGAGAAAGCUUAAAUGGAAUAACAUAGAAAUCCUUGGCGAAAACGUUUACUCGUGCGAUUUCUAAUGCGAUGCCUUCAAUCUCCCUCCAAUCACUCAGAGAGAAAAGAAAAGAAAAGAAAAAAAGAAAAAAAA